AGAGGAGCCUGUUGUAGAAACAGAGACAUCAGCCAAAACAAAUUGAGCAUUACAUGGGAUUUUUUUUUCCUCGCAGAGAUCAUCUCCUGGGAGCCCGACUGGACAGGGACUCACACUUCAGCAUCACCAGAUGCAGGAUGAGCAAGUGACAGGCCUAACUGGAAACUACUUAAGCAACAGGCAACAAGUUCUACAUAACAAAACAAAGUGAAGUGAGAUUUUCAUUAAGACUAAAGCCACUCCGGAAAAGUAACUAAACUGGGCAGUCAAGCCUCUGGAGACAGAAUACAUAUUCAAGCAACUCGCCAGACUUCUCUUUUAACUUUUAUUAUUAAGCCUAAUGGAGGAUGCCAUUAUGAAGAUUUCCAUGAUGCCAUCUACAUCUCCCACUGACUCCUCUAGGAGCAGCUCCACAGAGGAAAGCCAUGGAGGCAAAAGUCCAGCUCCUGGUAAGAGCUUGAGUCAAGGGCUACUGUGUAAGGUGUGUGCAGACACUAGCAGUGGAAAACAUUAUGGGAUCUAUGCCUGCAAUGGCUGCAGUGGCUUCUUCAAACGCAGUGUGAGGCGUAGAUUAAUCUACAGAUGCCAAGCUGGUACAGGUAUGUGUCCAGUAGAUAAAGCCCAUCGUAACCAGUGCCAGGCAUGUCGCCUAAAGAAAUGCCUUCAGGCUGGCAUGAACAAAGAUGCUGUGCAGAAUGAGAGGCAACCACGAAGCACAGCUCAGGUCAGGUUAGACACCCUGGAUAUUGAUACAGAGAAGGAACACCUAGCCACCACCAGAGAGCCCACAUCCUCUUCGUCGUCAUGUUCUGUGAUAAGCAGACCUUUACUGGGCUCCUCCGUUAGCUCCAGCAUCAACUCCAGUGGUUCCAGCCAGCACAGCAGCAGCCCCCAAAACAGCCACCGCUUCAUGGCCAGCCUGAUGACAGCUGAGACUUGCGCCAAGCUCGAGCCUGAGGAUGUUGAUGAGAAUAUUGAUGUAACAAGUAACGAGCCGGAGAUAAGCUCACCAGAGAGCAACUCAACACUCUAUCCCUACUCUGGCCCUGAGAGCAUAUAUGAGACUUCGGCCCGCCUACUCUUCAUGUCUGUCAAAUGGGCAAAGAACUUGCCAGUCUUCUCCCACCUGCCAUUUAGGGACCAGGUGAUACUGCUAGAGGAGGCAUGGAGUGAGCUAUUUCUGCUCUGUGCCAUCCAGUGGUCCUUGCCACUUGAAAGCUGCCCCCUGCUUUCUCUACCUGAGCUCUCUCCUUCCUCACAGGGUAAAAGCAGCCCCUGCGCUUCUGACUUGCGUCUCCUGCAGGAGCUCUUUAGCCGCUUCAAGGCCAUGCAGGUGGACCCUACAGAGUUCGCCUGUUUGAAAGCUAUAGUUCUCUUCAAGCCAGAAACAAGUGGCCUCAAAGACCCAGAACAGGUUGAGAAUCUGCAGGACCAGUCUCAAGUAAUGCUUGCUCAGCAUAUUCACACACUCUACUCCAGUCAAACAGCAAGGUUUGGAAGGCUGUUGUUGCUCCUUCCAGCUUUACAUUUUGUAAGUUCAGAGAGAAUCGAAUUGCUUUUCUUCCACAGAACAAUUGGAAACACACCGAUGGAAAAGUUGCUCUGUGGCAUGUUUAAGAAUUGAAAAAUACUUGUUCUUCAGUAUAAAUCAGACAAUUUCUAUUGUAGUAAUAAGCUGCCUCUCAAAGCAAUUAUGUUUCAAAUGUGAGUAGGUUCAUGUACAUUUUGUUCCUGUUUUCAUACCAACACUGAUCACCACCAUGAUCAGUCAAACUGCACCAGCUGAAUCAGUUUUGCCUGCAUGGACUUGCAGGUUAACCAGCUAUGACGCCAACAGACCAACAGUUAUAAUACACCAGCUUGGAUUAGCAUUACAUUCAUUCCAGUCCAUCUUUACUUUUUGCAAUUGUAUUCCUAAAAAGUCAUAUUAUAGUUUGUCAUUUUACUACUGCUCACACUAUAUGCUUUUGUUAAUAUAUUAAAUCUUUAUUUCCUAAUUACUGUGGGUAGAUUACAUAGCCUAUUGUUGUUUAAUGUGUCUAUGUAAGUCACCUGCAGUAUUGCCUUUUCAGCUUUUCAUAAUGUGUAUAUAUUUUGAUAAAAUCUUUUAACCAUUAAACAAAUUUAGUUGUUUUU